CACACACACACACCUGGUCGUUUCUGGCAAGUUCUGUCCGGCGCCAUAUAAGAAACCCCGCUUCACUCCCAAUUGUCAGUCCUCCCGAUUUCGCCACUAUGGGAAAGGAUUACUACACAAUACUCGAUGUCCCAAAGACUGCCACCGAAGAUGAUAUCAAAAAAGCUUACAAGAAACAAGCUCUCAAGUGGCACCCAGACCGCAACUCCGGGAACACAAAAGCUGCCGAGAAGUUCAAAGAGGUUGGCGAGGCAUAUGAAGUCCUUUCAGAUUCCAAUAAACGCGCUGUCUACGAUCAAUUUGGCGAAGAAGGACUAAAGCAUGGGGCUCCUUCACCGAAUGGGGCUGGGGGUUCAGGAGGCUUCCCUGGGGGAUUUCCAGGUGGAUUUGGAGGUUUCCCUGGCGGCGGCACUUUCACCUUCACUUCAUCUGGCCCAUCAGCCGCUCGGGGAGGUUUCAAACCAUCUGAUCCGAAUGACAUCUUCGCGGAAUUCUUCCAAAACUUCACUGGGAUGGGGGGGCACAGCUCAUUAUUCGAUAUGGAUGUAGAUGAUGCGCCAGGCUCACCCUUCGGGAUGUUCGGACCCCGCGGUGGCCGCUCAUCACCGCGUGCUCGUCGGCCUAGCGAACGACGGCACACCGCUAGUUCGGCCAACUUCCCUGGUUCCGACUCGACUAAAGCUCCAGAUGUUGUGCGGCCACUAAAGGUACCACUCGAGGAUUUAGUUACUGGAACGAAGAAAACGUUAAAGAUAAACAGAAAACUGAACGAUGGGACCACCCAGGAGAAGGUGGUCGAUAUAGACAUACAACCCGGUUGGAAAGAAGGCACUAAAGUCCGCUUCAGUGGUAUCGGGAAUGAGCGCGACGAUGGCCUGGAUCCGCCAGACAUGGUGUUCGUGAUCGAGGAGAUACUGCAUCCAGUGUUUAAACGCGAAGGAGAUAUACUCGUCGCUAACUACCAUGUCCCACUAGGCGACGCACUUACUAGCUCCGGUCAGACGCGCAGUAUUACGGGUCUCGAUGGGAAGAAAGUGACGUGGUCAUUGCCCAAUACAGUCAUUAUGCCUGGAACAGAGCACAAAAUUCCUGGGCAAGGCUGGCCGAUACGGAAGGAAGGUACGGCAAGAGGAAAAGGGGAUUUGAUCAUCAGAUAUAUUGUUGACUUCCCUGAGAGACUGACGCCUUCACAAAAAGAAGGCAUCCGGAAAUUGCUGCCGUAGAUACCCCACCUUAAUUGUCAUCGUUGCCAUUUAAGUUAUUGCACGAUUUCUACUUCACAAUUAUUUCGAUUCGUUUUCCACGAUUACUCGCUAGUAUCACUAUCAAUAAACAUGUUGGAUCUCCCCACACCGCGGCGUUCAGAACAACUAGCUAUCCCUUGCAAAGGCCUUGGUUUCCUGAUAG